ACAGCCAUCUCUGCAGGCGGAGGGAGUGACAGGCUGCGGCGGGGACUCAGUUCAGGGGUGGAAAAUGCUUCUGUAUAAUGUAAUAAAGAUGACAUGCAUCGAGCCAAAACGUUCAAGUUAACAUUAAUUAGCUCGCGGAUUCCUCGCGCUUGUUGCUGAACUGCGUCGCUGCUGAUUUAAGCCGAGAGAUAGCUGGAAAUGGUUUACUAGCCGUCCAGCCGCCACAUAGACACAGACCCAGACUCUGUACAUCAAGCCCAACAUCAGAACCAUAACCCGACAGCCUCGCAGAAGCAGUUUGAUCAUGACCGAUAAAAAGUCGUGACUAGAUCGGCUGUCAUAGUUAGCUGUUAGCAUGGUGGCUAGUUAGCUUCACUCAGCUGUGUGUUUGGUCCGUCAUCCUGUCAUUCUGCUAACAGAACAGCAUUAACUUUCGCAUUCAGUGCUCUCAUGCCAUCGAGGUGAAAUAACGCUGAAAUAAGUGGCCAGUCAUAGCUGCGCUACCUCACAGCUAGCCCGAUGCUACAUUCAAAACAACAAGCGCCAAAACAGCAGAGAUGACAGGAGAUGAUCAACACAGCAAACCGGCAGCUGAAGCAUGCUCUUGGCUCAGAUAAACCGGGACUCCCAGGGAAUGGCUGAGUUUCAUGAUGCAGAUGGGCAGCCGGUCACUCUGUGUCUGACAGAGGCUGUGACGGUGGCAGAUGGUGAUCAGAUGGAGAGCAUGGACACAGUCAGCCUGCAGGCUGUGACUCUGGCAGAUGGAUCCACCGCGUACAUCCAGCACGACUCCAAGGCUGCCUUUUCAGACGGUCAGAUCAUGGAUGGCCAGGUGAUCCAGCUGGAGGACGGCUCUGCGGCCUACGUACAACAUGUAUCUAUGCCGAAAUCAGGUGAGGACAGUUUGCAGCUUGAGGACGGGCAGGCAGUCCAGCUGGAGGAUGGAACCACCGCCUAUAUUCACACACCCAAAGAUACAUAUGACCAGAGCGGCCUGCAGGAGGUGCAGCUGGAGGACGGCAGCACGGCCUACAUCCAGCACACAGUCCACAUGCCCCAGUCCAACACCAUCCUGGCCAUCCAGGCCGGCGGAACCAUCGCAGACCUGCAGGCGGAGGCCACGGCCAUCGACCCGGAGACCAUCAGCGUGCUGGAGCAGUACACCACCAAGGUGGAGAAUAUCGAGAACCCUUUGGGGUCCUUUGGUCGAGUAGAAGCUGACAAUGGUGUCCAUAUGAGGAUUGUGUUACAAGGUCAAGACAACAGGCCACCCAGGGUCUCAAACGUAGGAGAAAAGUCUUUCCGCUGUGAAUAUGAAGGCUGUGGAAAGCUCUACACCACUGCUCACCACCUCAAGGUACAUGAACGCUCUCACACUGGAGACAAACCGUAUGUGUGUGACUAUCCUGGCUGUGGAAAGAAGUUUGCAACAGGCUAUGGGUUGAAAAGCCACUCGCGCACACACACGGGGGAGAAGCCAUACAGAUGUCAGGAGCUCAACUGCUGCAAAUCCUUCAAAACAUCCGGAGACCUUCAAAAGCACACGAGGACUCACACAGGAGAAAAGCCGUUCAAAUGUCCGGUGGAAGGCUGCGGAAGGUCGUUUACCACCUCUAACAUCCGCAAAGUUCACAUCCGAACACACACCGGGGAGCGGCCGUACUACUGCUCGGAGCCGAGCUGCGGCCGCUCAUUCGCCAGUGCCACAAACUACAAGAACCAUAUGAGGAUUCACACAGGAGAAAAGCCGUACGUGUGCACAGUGCCUGGCUGUGAAAAACGCUUCACAGAAUACUCGAGCCUUUACAAACACCACGUCGUCCACACACCAUGCAAACCUUACAACUGCAACCACUGCAGGAAAACCUACAAGCAGAUUUCCACGCUCGCCAUGCACAAGCGCACGGCCCACAACGACACCGAGCCCAUCGAGGAGGAGCAGGAGGCCUACUUUGAACCACCGACAGAUGCCAUCGACGACCCAAAUGUAAGCUACACGACGGCGGUGGUGGACGCCGAUGACUCCGGGUCGGAGCAGGUUCCUAUGGACAGCUCGGACAUGGUGGGUCAGCAGCACGUUGCCUUGGUAACACAGGAGGAUGGAACACAACAACAGGUCAGUAUUUCUGAGGCAGACUUACAAGCUAUGGGUGGCACCAUCACCAUGGUAACCCAGGAAGGCACAACCAUAACCAUCCCAGCCCACGAACUGGCAACGCAAGGGGCUCACUCGGUCACCAUGGUGACGACAGACGGCUCCGACGAACAGGUCGCCAUCAUGACGCCCGACAUGGCCUCGUUCCAGACGGUGGAGGAGGCCGGCUACAGCCAGGAGCAGGACGACAUUCAUCCCGUCACGCUACUGGCCACGUCGAACGGCACUCACAUUGCUGUGCAGUUGAGUGAUCAGCCUUCACUGGAGGAAGCCAUCAGAAUAGCAUCCAGAAUACAGCAAGGAGAGUCGCCGGGACUGGAUGAUUGACGGGCGAACUAUGGACAGAGUUUUAGACCAUUUGAAAUGGACUAUGUCAGUGGGAGGAAUUGUGAGUCUUCCUUGUUUCUUUUCCACAGAAGAACCUAGCUUUUACGUGUAUAUAGAAUUUUGAUAACUGGAGCUCUGCUAUGCUAUUUUGUUCCUCGACCAAAAAGAAGGGAGUGGGAUAAAAAAAAACGUGCUUUCUAAUGAUUAUUAUGCACAGUUCACAGUGCAGUGUACAUUUAAUGCUAUUUCUAAUAAAAAAAACUUAUGUGAGAUUGCUUGA